GGUAUUAAAGUCAAAGAUGAUGGCAUUAAUGAGUUUGUCAAUGAAGGAAUAAUCGAGUGUGAUGUUGAUGCCAUUAAAAUGUUAUACAAGAGUGAUGAUCUUACAAUUGAUUUUCUUGGUGUUGAUAAUUUGUAUAGUAGAAGGUCUAGUUCAUUAAAGCUUACCUUUGAUGACAUUGGAUAUAAAAUAUUUGAAUAUGUCAAUUGGGUUGUUAGCCACCUAAAUGAUGACUGGGGGAGAGAAGGAGAGGAGGAGAGGAGGAGAGAAAGUGAGAGAGGGAGAAACAAGGAGAAUUAA